ACCAGUGGAACUGGGGGGCAGCUACUCUGGCAUAUCUCUACCAGAAGCUGAAUGAGGCCUCCAACUGGAGGACGAGGCAGCUGGUCGGAUCCUGCACUCUGCUUACGAGCUGGAUCAUCUCCUACUUCUCCCGCAUCCACGGCUUCCACAUCGAUCCUGCGUACGUUGACGCCAUGCCCAGGGCCGCCAGAUACGCCCUCCAGAGGGGGAACGAUGCGGUGGGACCAUACCGCCUGUACCUGGACCGCACGAUGCACGACGACGUCACCUGGAGGCCGUUCGCCGACUAUGCUCAGGUUGUCCCCUUCGACGGGGUUGCUCUAUAUUCAGGCUGGUUGGCAUGCGGGACCGGCAUCAUGGUCCGGUAUCUCCCGGAGCGGUGCAUGCGGCAGUUUGGGUUCGUGCAGAUCAUACCCAGGUCACCCUUCGAGGCUGCUCCUGACACAGUGACCAGAGUGCAGCUCACUGCCAUAUGGGAGGAGUGGCAGCAUCAUGUGGUACCGGAGGAGUACCGUCGCAUGCGGGUCACCCAGGACUGGCACAGUGUGGAGGGGUACGUCACAUGGUUCUACCGGGUGUCCCAUCCUCUCUUGAGACCCGACGUUCCCGGCGCUCCUAGGCCAGCACACGAGGAGAUCCUGGAGAACCGGCAGGCGGAGGAUGACCACGCCAUUGAUCUCCUUCCGAUCUGCCAGCGGAUAGAGAUGCUUGGGCGGGACGCGUUGGAUCGAGGUGUCAUUCAUCAAGGCGGACCAGAGGCAUUCGCCGUGAUGGAGAUCAUCGUCACUGAUGCGGGCCGUGCGGCGGGGUACAGGCGGCAGAGGAGGGCCCAGGGUGAGCGGGUUAGGCACACCCAGUAGUGGUGGGGUUUAUUCAUUUUUUGAUUUUGGAUUGUAUAUUUAGCACACUAUUUUUAUUUAUUUCGGUUUGUAUAUAAUAUUUUCAUAUUAGUAUUUUUUUUGUUUAUUUAUCAUAUUAGUGUUUUCAGUC